GUGACUUACUCAAACGGGAAGUAGCGGCCGCACCGCCUUAACUGACAUCCAGCCAGAACUGCAUAAACCGGACAGUUUUGUCUCUAGUCGCACACUCACAUUCAGUCCAGUGGCCUGUCUGUCUGAAUCCGGGGUCGGCCCAACUGCAAGGAACAGGUCGAAAUGGGCUCCAUGUUCCGCAGUGAGGAAGUGUGCCUAGUGCAGCUCUUCCUCCAGUCUGGCUCGGCCUACAACUGUGUCAGUGAACUGGGAGAACUGGGCUUGGUGGAGUUCAGAGACUUGAACCCAAAUGUCAACGCCUUCCAGAGGAAGUUUGUGGGAGAGGUGAGAAGAUGUGAGGAGCUGGAGAAGACCUUCAACUACCUGGAGCAGGAGAUCAACCGGUCCCGGUCCCCUCACAUGCGGGGGCCCCUCCCGCCCCCCUGCCCGAUGCCCUCGGCCCCCCAGCCCCGGGAGCUGAGCACUAUCGAGGAGGACAGCGAGCGCCUGGCCAGAGAGCUCAAAGACGUGUCCCGGAACAGGGACCAACUGCAGGCCCAGCUGGUCCAGCUCUGCCAGUACCAGGGGGUCCUGACCCAGACCCACUCCCUCACUGCCUCCGAGGGACCAAUCCAGGUGCUGGAGACCACAGGUCUGUUUGACAACCGUCAGGAUGUCCACCUGAGCUUCGUGGCGGGGGUAGUUCACCCGUGGAAGGUGCCCUCCUUCGAGCGUCUGCUGUGGAGGGCGUGCCGGGGCUACAUCAUCGUGGACUUCCGGGAGAUGGAGGGCAAGCUGGAGCACCCUGACACGGGCGAGAUGGUACAGUGGACCGUGUUCCUCAUCUCCUAUUGGGGGGAGCAGAUUGGCCAGAAGGUCAAGAAGAUCUGUGACUGCUUCCGCACGCAGACCUUUGCGUACCCUGAGAGCACGUCGGAGCGCGAGGACAUUCUCAGGGGUCUCCAGGGCAGCAUCAACGACAUCAAAGUGGUGCUCACCCAGACGGAGACCUUCCUGCAGCAGCUGCUGGUGCGCGCGGUGGCCUUGCUGCCCCAGUGGCGGGUGGCCGUGCAGAAGUGCAAGGCGGUGGAGAUGGUGCUGAACCUCUGCAGCCCCUCGGUCACCGACAAGUGCCUGAUCGCCGAAGCCUGGUGCCCUGUCACCAAGCUGCCCGAACUGCAGAGCGCCCUCCGGGAGGGAGGGCGCAAGAGUGGCAGUGGGGUGGACUCCUUCUACAACCGCCUGCCCUGCUCCAAGCCUCCGCCCACCCUCUUCCCCGUCAACUCCUUCACCUCCGGCUUCCAGAACAUCGUGGAGGCCUACGGGGUGGCCAACUACCGGGAGGUCAACCCAGCUCUCUUCACCAUCAUCACCUUCCCCUUCCUGUUCGCGGUGAUGUUCGGGGACAUGGGCCACGGGCUGCUCAUGGCGCUGCUGGCCCUCUACCUGAUCCUGGAGGAGAAGGACCCCAAGUUCAACAACAGCAGUAAUGAGAUCUUCCGGAUGAUGUUCGGGGGCCGGUAUCUGAUCCUGCUGAUGGGGCUCUUCUCGAUCUACACGGGCGCUAUCUACAACGAGUGCUUCAGCCGGGGGGUCAGCCCGUUCAGCUCGGGAUGGCACGUGGAGCCCAUGUUCAAGAUCAACAGAUGGAAUGCCUCUGUGUUGGCGGGGACCCCCCUCCUCGCCAUGGAUCCCGUGGUUCCUGGGGUCUUCACAAAUCCGUACCCCUUUGGAAUAGACCCGGUCUGGGGCAUGGCCAACAACAAGCUGACGUUCCUCAACUCCUACAAGAUGAAGAUGUCGGUCAUCAUGGGAGUCAUCCACAUGACUUUCGGAGUCUGCCUAUCCUCGUUCAACUACGUGAACCGGGGCCAGAUCAGCAACAUCUUCCUGGUGCUCAUCCCGGAGCUGUUGUUCAUGCUGUGUCUGUUCGGCUACCUGGUCUUCAUGGUGAUCUUCAAGUGGAUCAUCUUCACGCCGGAUCAGUCGAAGAGUGCCCCCAGCAUUCUCAUCCACUUCAUCGACAUGUUCCUGUUCACCGAGAACGCGGGCAACCAGCCCCUCUACCACGGACAGACAAUUGUCCAGAAGGUCCUGGUGGUCCUGGCACUGUGCUCGGUGCCCGUGUUGCUGUUCGGGAAGCCCACGUUCGAGUACAUCACACACAAGAUAAGACUCCGCGGCGUGAGUGGGGAGAGGCGUCCGCUGGUGGAGAACGGCUCCAUCAACGCCAGCCAGGGAGAGGAAGAGGAAGAGGAGGAAGAGACAUUUGAUACUGCAGAUGUGUACAUGCAUCAGGCCAUACACACCAUAGAGUACUGCCUGGGCUGCAUCUCCAACACGGCCUCCUACCUCCGACUCUGGGCGCUCAGCCUGGCGCACUCACAGCUGUCGGAGGUGCUGUGGGUGAUGGUGAUGCGGAAUGGCGUGAAGUGGCAGGGCUACACGGGCUCGGUGGCCCUGUUCGUCGUGUUCGCCUUCUUCGCCCUUCUGACGGUCGCCAUCCUCCUGGUCAUGGAGGGCCUGUCCGCCUUCCUGCACGCGCUCCGUCUGCACUGGGUGGAGUUCCAGAACAAAUUCUACGGCGGGAGUGGUUACAAGCUAAGCCCCUUCUGCUUCACCUCUCUGAUCAAUGCCUCAGUGCCCAUCUGAUGGUUGAAGGAUUGUGCAACCGUUAUUGCCCGAGGGAGUGUGUUCAUCAGUGUAAUGUAGAUCGAUCAUGAAGCAGCCGCACACAUUUCAGCAUUUGGUUGAGCCAUAAUGAUUAUUUUUAUUUAUCUGCAAUUUGGUCGCAAGAAAUGACUUGGUCUGUGGCUUAGACUGUUCUUUGAAAUCAGUGGGCGCACAAUGUCAUUAUGAAUAAAUACUUAUCAUACUGUACUACAGUUGUACUAUUUAUACUAAACUAGAAAUUACCUCCUUAUUCCUAUCAGUUUUGGCUACUCAAACUUUUGAAUGGCAUCGUCUUAUCCUUUUUUACUGGUACACAUUCUCAGGAAACGAUAGACAUCUUUGUGAUGAUGAUGUAGACAUGGACUUUGGAAAGGGACACGUCAUUUUUUAACAGUUGAAGGGAAUUUAAAAAAGAUUUGGCCAAUUAUUUAAUUAUCGGCUGAAAGUACUAGGAUGGUUUUGAUAUGCCAAAGAUCUAAUGUUGAUUGUGGAUGCUUAAACUGUAAGGGCUUCCUGAAAGAACAUUCCCAAGGCAUUAGUCAAUAGAAAGUUAUUUUUUUUGCUGGUGCCUUAUAUACAAAAUGAGUUGAAAUGAGUGCCUGUGAAUACAUGACAUCUGAAUGGGUGAUGCCACACCACAACGGUUUCGAUCAAAACUAUAACCAUGUUAAUGGAUGAAUGCACUACCAUUAAUAAUUGUACAAUGAAAAAAAUAAAUUGGGUUUUCGCUUCUUAAUAUGA